GCUUCAGUCCCGGAUGAGAUUUGGCAACGUGCGCUACAGCCUCUCUAGCGCGAAACGGUGAAAAGUAGUAGCAACAAUAACCGAGUGGAAAACAAACGCGUGCAAGAGCUGUCAGCGGUGUCGGGGGAAUUUUUACAACGAGCAAUAAUUAAAUACUUAAGUUAAAGCAAGUCAUUAGAGUUGUGCUGUGCCCGCAUAGCGAGUGAAACAAACCCAGUUGCAAUGUUAAAUGUGCUAACUUUAAGCACGCAAAGUCGCCGACGUCGGCGUCGCAGUUCGCAUUGUGUAUAAUAAAAUUGGCGAAAGGCGAAAUGAAUUGAGCAGGAUCCAAAGAGCAGGAGGCGGAGGCGCUGGGGGCGGGGCAGCCAGGAGCGGCAGGAUACGAUACUAGAAAGCAGAAGCGAAGAUGUGCGCGCACAAUACAAAAAAUUACAAAGCAUACUUUUGGGAGCGGCAAAUGGCCAAAAUCAACAGAAGCAGCAAAAGCAACACCAACACCAACGCCACGGCAGCGACGCCAGCAGAGGCAGCAUCUCUAAGCCAAAAAACAAAAACAAAGCCAGUAACAACAGCAGCAGCAACAACAGCGAUGUCACCGUUACAACGGAACCAUCCCAAAUAAGCAAUAGGUUAGAACAAGAGGGCACGCGAGCGCCACGAGAGAGCUCCAACAGCAAGAGAGGGAGCGAGAACGGUCUGCGAAAAUGGCCAACGCCUUGCGUGGGUGCAGUAAAAAGGAUAAGCAGCGGAUGAGGCUCAACUAAGGACAAGCCAAACACAGAGAGAGAGAGAGAGAAAGCGCGCGACAGCGAGCAUCGUAAUCCUUACAGCUGCAAAGUACAUAAAAUCACGUAUACGCCAUGGAGCCGGUCAUGAGUCUGGCAUUGGCCGCCCAUGGCCCGCCCAGCAUACUAGAGCCGCUGUUUAAGACCGUAACCACGAGCACAACGACCACCACGACCACGACGACCAGCACGACGACGACGACGGCGAGUCCUGCAGGCUACUCGCCAGGAUACCCGGGCACCACCCUCCUGACCGCCUUGUUCGAGAACCUGACGUCCACGGCGGCCAGCGGGCUGUACGAUCCCUAUGCGGGAAUGUACGGGAACCAGACAAACGGCACCAUGGGCUUCGAGACGAAGGGACCGCGGUACUCACUGGCCUCCAUGGUGGUCAUGGGCUUCGUGGCGGCGAUUUUGAGCACGGUGACGGUGGCGGGCAAUGUCAUGGUGAUGAUAUCCUUCAAGAUCGACAAGCAGCUGCAGACGAUCAGCAACUACUUCCUGUUCUCGCUGGCCAUCGCGGACUUUGCCAUCGGCGCAAUAUCAAUGCCGCUCUUUGCGGUGACCACAAUCCUGGGCUACUGGCCCCUGGGUCCCAUCGUCUGCGACACCUGGCUGGCCCUGGACUACCUGGCGUCGAAUGCGUCGGUGCUGAACCUGCUGAUCAUCAGUUUCGAUCGCUACUUCAGUGUCACUCGGCCGCUGACGUACCGCGCCAAAAGGACCACCAAUCGGGCGGCGGUGAUGAUUGGCGCCGCCUGGGGCAUCAGCCUGCUCCUCUGGCCGCCCUGGAUCUACAGCUGGCCCUACAUCGAGGGCAAGCGGACGGUGCCCAAGGACGAGUGCUACAUCCAGUUCAUCGAGACCAACCAGUACAUCACCUUCGGCACUGCACUGGCCGCCUUCUACUUCCCGGUCACCAUCAUGUGCUUCCUCUACUGGCGCAUCUGGCGCGAGACGAAAAAGCGGCAGAAGGACCUGCCCAACCUGCAGGCUGGCAAGAAGGACUCCAGCAAGAGAUCGAACAGCAGUGAUGAGAACACGGUGGUGAAUCACGCCUCCGGCGGCCUGCUGGCCUUCGCCCAGGUGGGCGGCAACGACCACGACACCUGGCGACGUCCGCGCUCCGAGAGUUCGGCGGACGCGGAGAGUGUCUACAUGACCAACAUGGUCAUCGACUCCGGCUACCACGGGAUGCACUCGCGCAAGUCAAGCAUCAAAAGCACGAAUACAAUCAAAAAAUCGUACACCUGCUUCGGCAGCAUCAAGGAGUGGUGCAUUGCGUGGUGGCACUCCGGUCGCGAGGACUCCGACGACUUCGCCUACGAGCAGGAGGAGCCUUCUGAUUUAGGGUAUGCAACACCAGUAACAAUUGAAACUCCUUUACAAAGCUCCGUCUCCAGAUGCACCUCGAUGAACGUGAUGCGGGACAACUACUCGAUGGGCGGCAGCGUGAGCGGCGUGCGGCCGCCCAGCAUUCUGCUGUCGGAUGUCUCGCCCACGCCGCUGCCACGCCCACCGCUCGCCUCCAUUUCGCAGCUGCAGGAAAUGAGUGCGGUUGCGUCGAGCACAACGGCGAAUGUGAAUCCCAGUGGCAAUGGCAAUGGGGCCAUCAACAACAACAACAACACCAGCCACAACGGGAAUGGCGCAGUGAACGGCAAUGGGGCCGGAAACGGAAGUGGAAUCGGACUGGGAACAGCCGGAAAUGCGACGCAUCGCGACUCGCGCACCCUGCCCGUUAUCAAUCGCAUUAACUCACGGUCGGUGAGCCAGGACUCCGUGUACACGAUACUCAUCCGCCUGCCAUCCGACGGAGCAUCCAGCCAUGCGGCCAACGGAGGCGGAGGCGGAGGAGGUGCCACUGUUGCCGGGGCAGCUGCCUCCACAGCCUUGAGCCUGCAAGGCGACUGUGCGCCCUCCAUCAAGAUGAUACACGAGGACGGGCCCACGACGACGGCGGCGGCACCUCCUUUGGCAAGCGCCACCGCCACCCGACGACCUUUGCCCUCGCGAGACUCUGAGUUCAGCCUGCCACUCGGACGGAGGAUGUCCCAUGCUCAGCACGAUGCCAGGCUACUCAACGCCAAGGUCAUACCCAAGCAGCUGGGCAAGGCGGGGGGCGGGGCAGCGGGCGGGGGAGUGGGCGGGGCACACGCGCUCAUGAACGCCCGCAAUGCGGCCAAGAAGAAGAAGAAAUCGCAGGAGAAGCGGCAGGAGUCGAAGGCGGCCAAGACGCUGUCGGCCAUCCUGCUGAGCUUCAUCAUCACGUGGACACCGUACAACAUCCUGGUGCUGAUCAAGCCGCUGACCACCUGCUCCGACUGCAUACCCACGGAGCUGUGGGACUUCUUCUACGCCCUGUGCUACAUCAACUCGACGAUCAACCCCAUGUGCUACGCCCUGUGCAACGCCACCUUCCGGCGGACCUACGUCCGCAUCCUCACCUGCAAGUGGCACACCCGGAACCGCGAGGGCAUGGUGCGCGGCGUCUACAACUAGAUAAUUAAUACUUAAUCAUCCAUCAUCUGGCCCGUUAACUACUAGUAGUUGCAAUAAGUGUUGUGUGCUAGAACUUUUGGGAGGCAGUAAAACCAAAACUAGGCUUAGGAUCACCCAUUGACAAGCAGUACUGAUUUUUUGAUGUCUAGCCCCCGACUAUAUACACGCAUCACCAUUCCGGGAGGGUUGCCAUAAAUAACAAUUGCCAGAACUGAGGUUUCGCGCGGUGUCAAAAUAAGUUUUAAGUUUGCAAUAAAGUUCUUUAUAGUUCUAAAGAUCUGGUUAGGCAGGAACUUCCACCCACUUACCUCUUCCAAGCCAAGUUAGUUGCAACCCAUGAGGUUCGACCAACUGCUUCCAAGCAAGCCAAAGAUCUCACUAAGGUAUCUUUAGACUAGUUCCCGAGGCAACCCUCCGCAGCACCUGAUCACAGCAGAGUUAUCACGAUGAUCACGUGAUCCUCCCAGGAGGAGGAGAUUCCAUUUUGUUAGGCGUUUACGUAAUGUUAGGUAGGCACAUGCUCGAUGCAAGAAGAAUUUAAUACAAAUAUAAUGGAUUACGAUUGCAAUUCAUACAUACACGUACACAUAUAUAAGAUAUACAGUAUAUUUAUUAUUAUACACAUGGCAAAUGAGUUAGCUUAAGUUGUUGGCGAAAGUUGUGGGCAGAAAGAGGCAGAAACCAAAAAAGCUUUAAUACAAGUUCAAAGUAGGAGGAUUAAGUUCCGCGGGCAACGAAUGCGAAUGCGAAUGCAUCUUGCAUCUUGCAUUUUGGCCAACCAAUGGAAUCGUUUUGUUCUCCUUACGAUUUUCGUUGUGUAGGCUGGUGGCGGGGGGAGGGGACAUGAUAUGGGGGGAUAUUGGGGGAUAUGACGUGUAUUAAUUGUAGGGGGAAUAUUGUGAUUGUACUGCUCGUUUUCAAUAGUUAAAGUUUGUUUUUUUGUAACAUACAUGUGUGUAGAAACCAAACCAAAGCCGAACAAGCGUCAACCGUGCAAAUCAAUUUGUAGACACAUACCUGCUAAUAUAUCGAAAUAUGUAUGUAUAAAAUAACGAUUAUUUGUAUGUAUUAAGAACGCAACCCACCAUGGUUCGACAACUAAGAACAAACCUUUUGUAACUGAUGUGGAAAAUGUCCCCGAAAAACCGGGACGAUCUUAACCCGAGAGUAACAACAGUAACGCAAGCAAUAUGUUUGGGGCACGUGUGUCGGAGAGAUGGCCCAGUUGAGGAGGAUCAGGACACAGACACGGACGUGGGGCGGGGAUCAGGGAUCUGGGAUCAGGGAUCUGGGAUCAGGGAUCUGGGAUCAGGGAUCUACGAUCUUUGAUCAGGAUCGCGAGGACCCGGACACGAGACGAAUAGUAUUAGUAACCCUAUCAACAGGUUGUGCUGAAAGUGGCCAAUCCGUCGACUGGCGGACCAUCUCUUUGGGCAGCAUCCCGAACUCAUAGCAAAAACUCAUAGCUAUUAGCCAAUUGCUUCUUCGAAGUGCACCAAUUUCAGUAACUAACUAAUAGUGAACCGCAAGCAUAUUCAUAUUCAAGGCAUAUGAGAGAGUAAACAAAAACAUAACGUAACAUACAGUGUAAGCAAACGACAUCCAGGUACUACGAUAUAUUCGAUGCGAUCGGGGGAGCGAACAUUUUUAAUGAGUGUGUAGGUAACUAAUUGAAAUAUUAACAAAUUGUUGGCCCCAGUUAAUCGAGAAUCGAGAAUCGAAGGGACGCGGGGCCUGGUGCAAAUCAAGCCGAAAUCAAAGCGACAUUUGUAGUGUCUGUGACACACAGUACGCAAGUACGCAUAUUUAUACCUAACGAUACGAUAUAUACAAGUACAUAUAUAUGAAUACGACGUUUAAUAUGAAUAUGAACUAACGAUACCGAGCAACCAGAGUAAAAAACAAGUGUAAACAACCAAGCAAGCAACCAACCAAGCAACCAACCAACCAACUAACCCAAAAGACAUGAUUUACAACCACGCACACACAUCCUAAUGAAGCAUAUAGUACUGCAAUCAAUAUCUAAACGACCCAAGCCAACGCGAGUCGAGUAAACCGAAAUCUGAAAUCUGAACAGAGAAAUAAGAAAUCCGAAAUACCUACAUUUAGCCUUUAGACGUACAUAUUUAACACUCGAUUACAAAUAGAUCACGUUUUUGACUACCAAGAGAAAAGGUUUGACAUAUAGGAUUACAACCAAGAACAGAUGGACAGCAUUUUGACGACGAGAGCAGAUUUAAUUGCAUACAAUCUAAUUGUUUGGAAAUAUACUACGAUAUAUAGUAAUACAUAUAUAAUUUAAAGCUAACAAUAAAAAUGUGAAUGAAAAAGAA